GACCAGGUGGAUGUAAUGCUGGGUUUCUCGAUGGGCGGGCAGAUGACCUAUCACUGGCUUGCGACGCACCGGUCGUUCGUCAAGAACGCAGUUAUCGUAUGUUCAUCGGCCAAGACCUCGAAGCACAACUUCCAGUUCCUGGAGGGUCCGAAGGCAGGGCUGCAGGGCGCGAAAGAUGCGGAGUCUGGGAUUAGAGCGUUUGGUAAGGGGUAUUCUGCGUGGCUGACGAGCGCGGAGUGGUUUGAUCAGGAACUGUAUAAGGAGAUGGGAUUCGAUUCACUAGAAGCGUGGGACGAGAACGCGACAUUCAAGGGGUACGAAGGUUGGAUUGGCGAGGAUCUGUUGGCGAUGUUGGGAAUGUGGCAACGUGGUGAUAUUGCUCGGUGUGGGAAGGGGUUCGAUGGCGAUUCGAUUAAAGCUUUAAAGCACAUCGAUGCUAGGGUGUUGCUGAUACCGUGUGAGACUGACCAGUACUUCCGGCCGAAGGCCAAUGAGAGGGAAGCGCAGUCUCUGAAAGGUGGUCAAGUGGCGAUCGUGCCUAGUGUUUGGGGGCACAUUGCUGGUGGUGGUGCACAUGAGAAGGACACAAGGUGGAUGGAGCGGAGAAUUGCCGACUUUCUCAAAGGUGGCUAUCCAUCAUAAUGCUUGCUGCCUCGCUUAAA